AGCUUUAUCCGCAGUUACAGCGAUGACACACGACCUCCAGGCGAAAUGACAGUAAAUAUGUCACGUGUAAAAAAGCUGACAAUAAGAUACGAAGCAAGGAAGCUGUAGUUCGCCUUUUCACGUGGUGAUAGCACGUAUAUUUGUCGAUAAGCUAAUUUAUCAGGCUGGGUGAAAGUAACUAGCUUUCGAUGGAUAAGAGGCUAAGCGUUCGUGUGGUGCAUGUUUCCACACUUACAGAAUCAGGUCUUUCACAGGAGCCUGAUAAACCAAUGAGGUGUCAAAGUAGCUCAGAGGAUUGGUUUAUUUGGUGUGAAGGGAACAAACACCUUUAAAAAAUGUUAGUAAAGGUGCCUUCACUGUGCUGGGGAAUGGAGAGUCUGAAGUGAUGGAAAACCAAGAGGAAAGCCCUGCAGAUGAGCAGACGUUCACACCACCAGAGCGAGGACUUCUCCACAUCUGGCAUUCAGCGGGCCGCAAUGAGCAGCUCUGCCCAGAGAGAGUGUUGUUGUCCAGGCCUGUUCUGCAGAUCUCGCUGGGAGAACACCAUGGUCUGCUGCUGGCACAGGGUGGCCAGGUGUAUUCAUUCGGAGAGCUUUUAUGGAGAGACCUGAGCAUCCCGGUGUCUGCUCCAGUGCUGGAGGCCUCUCUGCUGGGGAAGACGGUGGUCCGUGUGGCUGCUGGCGGCUUCCACUGCGGAGCUCUGGGCGAGCAGGGCAACGUCUACAUGUGGGGAGAGAAUACUGCAGGACAGUGUGGGCAGACUGAAAGGGGCACGGUCACAAAUAUCACAGUUCCCGAGCCAUUCCCAGUCAGUGUGGUGGACAGUGAGGUUGUUCCUCCAGUGGUGGUGCGGGUCGUGGAUCUCGCCUGUGGACGAGAGCACAGCCUGGCUCUGUCAGCCCAGAAUGAGCUGUGGGCGUGGGGCAGUGGCUGCCAGCUGGGCCUGGUCACUAGCACCUUCCCUGUGUGGAGACCACAGAAGGUGGAGCACUUGACAGGCAGACAUGUGAUUCAGGUGGCUUGUGGUGCGUACCACAGCCUGGCCCUUGUUCGAAGUUUACCUCCUCAGGACUCUAAUACCCAGAAUCCCCCUAAGAAGACGGAGCGGGGCCAGUCACCUCACUACUCACUGACAGAGAAGGAGGAGCUGUUCACAACUGACGAUGCUCACUACUGUCCACUCGGGGUGGAGCUUAGUGAUGCUCUGAAAAAUGAGACUUCUCCCAGAAGACGAGGGCCUAGACAAAGGCUCCAUCCUGGGGGAAUAUCAGCUGGCAGCAGCCCUGGCUCUGGAGCCAGUUCAUGCUCUUUUUCUGAAGAUGGCAAACCUAACACUAAACAGAAAAAUCUUCCAGCUGGUGCCAAUCUUGAGCCCGACAGACACUCCAUAACCCAAAUUGAUGGCAGCCCUAAAGCCCGUUCACUAUCAGGCUGGAGGGCCAACAAGAGCUCAGCCUUCAGUGAUGAGCUGGAGCUUCAGAACCUCCUUGAGAAACUCUCUGGUCAGUCGUUGGAAGGGCAUCACACUACAUGGGCAGGUGAUACUGACUCACUGAGCAGCCACACUUCAGAUGACAGCUAUGUUUCCUCAACUCCUUCCAGUGAUCUGUUGACUUCCAGUUACAAAGAAGAUUCCUCUAUUCGGAGACAAACCAAUAAUAACAGUGGACCGUCAGGGCCGUACUCCUCUUCCCCAGUGUGUUUGGAAGAAGUGCGGCUGUGUCUGGAGAAGGAGAAGCAGUCUCUGCAGGGUCAGAAGAGCUCCAGUCUCACAAAUAUACACCAGAAGGGAAAAUCAGCAGCAAGCAGGAGACGCUCGCUUCCUGGAACACCCACCCACGGGUCUCCUCGGAGACGGCGCCCGUGUGCCUGCAGGCCGUCCUCUGGUCGAACUCAGGCUGCCGCACCAGAAGAGGCAGACGACGGACUUCCAUCUCUGGAGACAGAGGUGUGGAGCUGGGGCCGUGGCUCUGAGGGACAACUUGGUCAUGGAGACCAGCUCGCCAGACUCCAGCCAUUGUGUAUCAAGUCUUUAACGGGCGAGGAAGUGAUCAAAGUUGCUGCAGGGUCACACCAUUCACUGGCUCUCACUGCUCAGUGCCAGGUAUAUUCAUGGGGCAGCAACAUGUGUGGACAGCUUGGUCAUGUCAACAGUCCGGUCACUGUGCCUCAGCAGGCCAAGCUGUCUGAUGGUCUUCGCGUUUGGAGCUUGUCGGCCGGUCAGAGCCACUCCCUGCUCCUGGCUGAUGGAGACUGUGUCCAGCCAGUGCUGCUGUACUGCGGCCAGCAGCAAGAGUCAAUGUCAGUGCAGAGUGAAAGGGGACAACAGAGUCGGAACCAGAGGUCACCCAGCAGGGUGGAGAGUUAUACAGUCAGACCCACCCUGCUGCCGUUUUGCAUCGAGAUGGGUUAUAUUAGCAGUGUGUACAGCGGCGGCCAGACCUGUGCAGUGCUGACAGACCACAACAUCAUGGGUUUUAUCUCCGCUAUCCAUGAGCUGGCCUCCAGAGAGAGACAGUUCUACAGCUGGUUGAGCGACAUCAGGAAGGUCCUCCUCACUCCGCUGCGCAACAGAGAGAGUGUGUGUCCGGCGUUAGGCGAGCAGUGCGCUCCUCUCUUCUUCUCUCUCUGCGAGAGUUUUGUUCACUUGAGCACCCUGAUUGGUCGACACGCCACGUCACUCAGCUACUUCCUGCAUGAUGUGCAGGGCCGCGAUGUCACUUCUCUUCCCUUGCUGACGCACACUGAGUUUUUCCUGGACACUUACAAAAAGUAUUGUUCUGCAGUUGGUGACUUCCAAGUAAUGGGCGGCUUCCAAUCACUUCACAAACUGUCACUUGAGUGUUUAGGCUCCCAGUGGACUCGGCUCUCUCAGCUGUGUGUAUCAGACCAGUCUGUCAGUGGUGAUGUUGAUCUGGUGUCACUGUUGUACUGGCCUCUGCAGCAGCUGCACCAAUACAGCCGAGUCCUGCUCAAAUUAGCGUCCUGCUAUGAUGUGUUAACUGUAGAGUAUCAGUCGCUCCAUCAGGGCUGUAGUCAGUUUGAGUCUCUGUCUUCAUCCCUGUUAAGAAGGAAAAAGGAGGCUGAAACCACCUUUGUCUUCUGGAAGACUCACUCUGGCAAGACCACUGAGGUUCUGCGUCUCCCGCGGCGCCGCGUGGUGUGUGAAAGCAGCAACAGAUCACUGACUCUUCAGAGCGCCGGGCGCUUCUCCAAUCACUGGUUCAUACUGUUCAAUGACGCACUGGUACACACCCAGGGUACCAUUCCCUCUCAAAGCUUUUUCUCCUCACAUCACGUCUAUCCUCUGACUUGUUUGUGGGUGAAACCAGUUACUGAAGACAGCAGCGGACUCUAUGCCAUCAAAAUAACAUGUCCAGAGGAAAGUUUCACCCUGGUGGCCUCAACACCGCAGGAAAAGAACAAGUGGCUACGAUCUCUUAACCAGGCGGUGGAUCUGGUGCUGGGCGGUGGAGGUCAGGGGUCAUCGCCUGGGUUAACGGCAAUGUCUCGCACGGCCUCCUACACAUUCACUGGAGACGAGCGAUUCAAAGACGCUCAGUACACCGGGAGCUGGCUUGCAGGCCGGGUUCAUGGCAGAGGAACCAUGAAGUGGCCUGAUGGACAGAUUUACACUGGGAACUUUAAGAAUGGACUGGAGGAUGGUUAUGGAGAGUGCAUGAUACCUAACAAAGUGCUGAAUAAACCAGACACCUACCAAGGACAAUGGAGAGAGGGCAAGAUCCAUGGUUUCGGCAAGUACAAGUAUGCCAGUGGUGAGGUGUACGAGGGCUGUUUCUGUGAUGGCCAGCGCCACGGUUACGGCAUGCUGAGCUCCGGUAAACUGGCCAAGACUUCCUCCAGCGUUUUCAUUGGUCAUUGGGUCCACGACAGGAAGACCGGAUACGGAGUCUACGAUGAUAUCACCAGAGGUGAGAAGUACAUGGGACUGUGGCAGGACGACCAACGACAUGGCAGCUCUGUGGUCGUCACUCAGUACGGUGUGUACUAUGAAGGGACUUUCAAAGAGAACAAGAUGAGUGGUCCAGGUCUGUUGGUGUCAGAGGAUGACACAGUUUUUCAUGGGGAGUUUUCUGACGACUGGACUGUCAACGGGAAGGGUGUUUUAUCCCUCUCUAACGGCGAUUGUCUGGACGGCAUGUUCAGCGGAGAGUGGAGCUCCGGGCUGAAGGUGGUUGGGAUGUACACCAAACCAGGCAUUUAUGAAACAGAAAGCAAAGAGAGAAACAGUGUGAACAGGCUGGGUCAGUACGUGGUGCCUGCAGCUCAGAGGUGGAUCUGUGUGUUCGAUGAGUGUUGGAGCCGACUGGGCUGUGAAGCGGCUGGUAAAGGAGACAGAACUACAGCCUGGGAGAACAUCGCUGUUACUAUAACAACUGUACGACGACAGAGCCCAGACCUCAGCAGGUCUCAUAGCAAAGUACUGGAGAGUUUGGAGUUUAUUCCUCAGUAUGGAGAACCAGUCACCACUGCAAACUAUGACAACAUACGAAGAUACCUCACCAAGGCAUGUGAGACGCCCCACCACCCUCUAGGCUGGCUGGUGGAGACACUGGUGACGGCCUACAGGAUGACUUACGUUGGUGUGGGAUCAAACCGCAGGCUUCUCCGGCAGGCUGUCCUGGAGGUCCAGGCCUACCUCACACAUUUCUACAGCAUCGUCAGGUUUCUGUUUCCAGAGUUACCAGAGGAUGGCGGUAUGAUCCCAGAACCUCCUUCUUCUCCAACUAGAAGAAGACACAGCUCUAACAAAGCAGAACAAGGCAGUGUUGUGGUGGUGAGCUGCUCCUCUCUGCUCCUCCCUCUGCUGCUCCCUCGACUCUAUCCUCCUCUCUUUACUCUGUACUGCCUGCAGGAGGAGCCGGAGGAGGCCCAGUACUGGGAGCGCAUCCUCCGACUCAACAAACAGCCCGACCAAUCACUGCUCAGCUUUCUCGGAGUGCAGGAGAAGUUCUGGCCACUCUGGAUGUCAAUUCUGGGGGAGAAAAAGCAGAUUGUGUCCAGCAGUAAAGAUGCCUGUUUUGUUUCUUCUGUAGAGACCCUCCAACAAAUCAGCACCACAUUUACUCCGUCAGACAAACUAGUGGUCAUUCAGAAGACAUUUGAGGAGCUGACUGUGGAGGUAAAACCUAUGCUGGAUGGUAAUUUCCUCUGGUGCAUGGAUGAUCUGUUCCCACUCUUCCUUUACGUCGUGCUCAGAGCGAGGAUCAGGAACCUGGGAGCUGAAGUCAGUCUGAUAGAAGAUUUGAUGGAUCCCAACAUUCAGCAUGGAGAAAUGGGACUGAUGUUCACAACACUGAAGGCCUGCUACAUCCAGAUCCAGCAGGAGUCAACUGUAUGAGAACUGACAGGAGGUGACUUUACAGACUCAGGAUGUGGAAACAGCGGUGAACCAAACCAGUCAAAGCACCAGUUUUGUUGCUGGGAAGCUGCACAGACACCGCAGAAGAAGAGAGAGUUACUCCUUCACCUUCUACUGAACACGGGAACAGCAUCGCUCACUGUGGAUCUUUCUGGUAUGUUUCUCCACAGCAGAAGUUACUGUUCAUAGGAAAGUAGCAUAUCGCCCUCUACUGGAUGUAUCAGAAAACUGCAUUGUCUUCAUUUUACUUUGAGUUGUACAUUGUAAUACAUUUGUUCAGUUUCCGUUUCUGCAUUUUGCAAAAUUUAUCAAAACUAUUUAUUGAAGUUGUUAUUAGCAAUGGUGCAAUUGAGAUUAUUACACAGUUUUUCCUUUUAAGGGGAACUAAAGUCCGUGUGAGAUGUUGUAUAUUUUCUGUUUCAUCUGCUUUCCACGGAAACUUGCAGACACUCUGCAUUACUGACAAGAUCUGAAACAUGACCAUAUUUUAAGGGGAAGGUCUAAGGACUAAUAAAUAAUACAGUCAUGUAAAUAUUUCUCUUAGUGCCAAAAUCUCCUCAAAGGGAAUUUAAGCAUUAUAAAGUUGCAAUUGCUGUUUAAUUUCACAGAAUUUUAAUGCAGUGAAACCAACCAGGUAAUGUGAUCACAGGUAUUUUCUUAACAGCAGAUCAUGGCUUAAAAGCAGCAGUGUUUAUCAAAUCCAGUUAGUAUCUCCUCACGAUCUGCUAACUGUGUGUUCUGUGUGUGAAAAAUAAUCCAGUCUUCAUAUACAGUCUGGUCUCUGUAAAUGGAAAACAACCAGAGUGGCUCCACAUAAGCAAGUCUUGGCCAAUGGAUGGUAGAUCUGGCACAUACUAAACAUUUAAAUAUGCCAACCAACUAAAUAUCAGCAAUAUUUUUCCUGAAUCGCAGACUCCAUCUUUAAUACACUGUUGAAAAUACGAACAUUUAAAGCAGCCCACAUUGCAGACACAUACUGAAACUGCACACAGUAGCGGUUGGUUGUCAAGACAAAAACUGGCAGAAAUGUGUACUUUUGCUUUCUAGAACAGAAAAGGUUUUUUGCUCUUGAGCUUGGUUUUAGACACAGGUGGAGUUUAGCGUAGCCGGAUCCAGCUGAGCCUCCAAACUGAAAUCAGAUCUUUGGCUCAUCUGUCAGCAGCUGCACCACAGUUUGGGUGUGAGGUUUUACUUCUUUAACUUAAUGCAACUAAUGGCAAGCACGACUUUAAACUUUUAAUUAACCAGGUUAAUGAGUUUCACUGUUUCUAUGAAAACAGCAAAAUGCUUCAGGGACUAUUUCAGCUGUGGUUUGAUAUUUCUUCCUUAGAAACCAACUAAAUUGACCCAGAACCCCCAGAUCCGAUAGCUGUAGGCGAUGAAAAGGGAAAAAAAGCCUUUUUUUCUUUUGCUAAGAGCGUAGCUGUGCUUGUCAGGAAGCUAGAAUUUCCCUGUCUUUCUCCAAUUUCUUGUACGUAGUGUUUUGAAUGCAGAAAUCACUUCAAGAAAUCACACUAAACAGACUUUCAGUUUUCACCCUCCUGUCCUACAAACUUAACCAGCGGUGAAGCUGAUUCUCUGAGGUAGGAUAGAAACAAGUCACGAAAAGGAAAAGGAUUUGUUACAUGACUGAAUAUAUUUAAUGAGCUACUGGUGAUUAGCUCAGCUUAAAGUGAGGAUUUCCUCUGUUAAUAAUUUUUUUGUUUGUUUUUCUGUGUCAUGUUUGUAUAAAUGCAGAUGAACAUAUUAGGAACAAAUCUGACAAAGAACACUUUCAGUGUUGCUGAUUUUUAGUGUAAUUAAGGACUCAUGCUGGAGAGUGUAAAAACAGACACAGUAUCUCUGCGUGUAGCAUCCUUGAAGGAACACUCCAGGACUUUUCUCUCCCUGCUUCAGGGAAUUAUGUUGGCAGUUCUGUCUGUUUGUGAGCAGAAUUAUUUUCAAAAAUUGCCAACUGAUUUCAGAAUCAUUUAGUAGAAAUUCACCCCUAAAAUGUUAAUGAACUUAUGCACUUAAAUUAAAAGAACAUGUACAGUUGUGCUCAUAAGUUUACAUACCCUUGCAAAAUAUUGUUAAUUUUCUUUUAGAAAAUGUGUUUGAUCGGUAGUUAGCACUGUCACCUCACAGCUAGAUGAUCCCCAGUUCACGUCCCGGCUUUCCCGGGAUCUUUCUGCAUGGAGUUUGCAUGUUCUGCUUGUACAUGCGUGGGUUUUCUCCGGGUACUCUGGCUUCCUCCCACAGACCAAAACAUGCUGAGGUGUGAAUGUGAGGGUGCUUGUGUGUCUCUCUGUGAUCUGUCCAGGUGUCCCCUGCCUUUGCCUUGAGUCAGCUGGGAUAGACUCCAACCCCCUUGUAACCCUAAUGAGGAUUAAGCGGUAUCUAGAUAAUGGAUGGAUGGAUGUUUGAUCAUGGAAAAACUUUUCUUUCAUUUAGGGUUAGUGGUCAGACAAAGUUUUUUAUUGUCUCAUAAUUCCAUUUGCUCUGAUCAUUCAUGUUUUCAUUAAAGAAUGGUACAUAUUUUAGAAAUUCUGCGAGGGUAUGUAAACUUAUGAGCACAAUUGUAUGUCAUGUUUGUCUACCACUGUGUGUGUUUUAAUGCAGAUCUAGAUUUAAAAAGUCAGCUAAUUAACUAGCCUACAUAAAAAUCAAAUCCUUCAAGCUUUGGCUUGUUUUAAUCAUUAAAAGUUGUCUGUAAAUGUUAUAAAUCACUAUUUUCACAUCCAAGUCUUUUAGAGACAUCAAAAAAUUAUUUUAUUAUUCAGUGUCAUAAAUUGUCCUUGUUCUGGAACAAGGAGUUUCUUGUCACUAUUUCAUGACUCCCAUUUCUAGCUAUUACAGUUAUUUAUCAGAGAUAUUGUACAUUGAUAGUGUAAAUCAUCCUGAUGUUAUUAGAAAAUUUCCCACAGACUUACGUAGAUAUUAAGAAUCCCACCAGCAGAGAUUCUUAUAUAAUAUACAGUAAAUAAAGGCACAUCCAUUAUACAAGUCUACUGAGAACUGUUAUGUGUUUGGGUGUAAAGUCAGUGUCAUAAAGUGGCAUGAUUAGUUUUUUUGCAGCAGCUGCACUGCCGUAAUGUUGAUGAAUGGAGCUUGAACAGUGUAAAAGACUCGGGUCGAACUGCAACGGAAAAAAAAAACUUGCCAAAAUUAUGAUCAAGGUACUUCGAACUGAGAUGUUUUCUCUUUCAGUUUCCACCAUCUGAACUGUGUUUGUACUGUAUUUAUUGUCACUCCAAUGUAAGCAGAAUGUGCACCUCCAGAAUCUGUAUAUGUUGGUAAAAUUGCUUAAAUAUUUUUAUUUCUUUUUGCUGUUAAAACCGCUGCAGUGUCAUGUGCUCCACAUGUAACAUGAAGCUGAGAUAAAAUCAUUAGAGGAACUUCUCUGAUCUCCAUUUAUACCAAGUUGAAGGACAGUACUGAUGUUUUACAUGUUUCAGCUUCAUAUCAACACAUCACUUCUUGUUUUCAGGCUGAUUGCAGAUACAUAUUUUUCAUCUCAUUCAACAUUUGGCCCCCUUGUAUGCUGAUUUUCUUCCUUUCAGGCAGUUAUUGAUUUGAGGGGAUUUCAGAAAGACCUCAGAAAAAGGACUUCACAGGUGUCUGCAUUACAGUGGAUAUUUUUCUAUCUUUUAAAAAGAAAAUCCAUUACAUUAUUGUUAUAUACUUUGCAUUAAAACAGUCGUGAGCAUUCUGAGAAUUCCCUUCUGGUGCAUUUGUUGUUUUAAGUAAACAGCAACCAUUAGCUGCCUGAGAGAAAGAAAACAGCAGAGAGAAAAUGGUCAGUAGCUGUAGGGAGUGUGUGUAAUUAACAAGAUGAAGCAUGUAAAACUUUGGUAUUUUUCUUGGAGGUUUUGAACUAGAAAGCUGCUGAAAGUGAUUAUUUUUCUAACCAUGUCUAUAUUUUUGUAACUUCAUAGCUUUUUAGAAAGAGAAGAUUAAGGGAACUGAUUGCAGAAUGUUCACUAGUUUUGAUGGAUCAAAAGAAGAUUGAUAUUUGUUUCUUUUGUUAAAAGGGGCAAUAAAUUUGUUUUCAUUCUGGAAA